UCUUGACCCACUUUCCCGAUUCCGUUACUGGCUAGGUACGCUCGGAAACUACACAGUACCUCAAGAUAACUCGCCUCCACCACAGGUAGACAACUUGUCAAGACAAGUCUCGUCCAAAAAAAGGAAAAAACCACCAUGGCGCCUCGCUUGACAUGCCUGGAUUUAGUGAAUAAAUGCGAUGGGUUCCCCGACCCCGAGAGGGACCCCCAGGGGUACUCGGAAGAGAUGAAAAGGCUGUACACGUUCCUCUGGAAGGACAGCGAAGGGUCCUACCCGAUCGGAUACGUGCCCCUCUCCGUUCUCGAGGCGCUCAACGACACGCCCGAGGACAUUAGGGGCCCCAUGGAAGUCGAUCACGGGGCCAGGACCAUCUUGCUCUUCCAGGGGCCGGCCACCGAAGAGGAGCGGACCAAGCUAGUCGGCAGGCUCACGGCGUACUGGCGCGAGAACAAGAAGUUCCGCAUGCUCAAGGGCUGGCGCGACGAGCUGUGGCCCGUCUACGGCCGCAACGGCGAUUUGCUGUUCAGCAUCGAGCGGGUUGCCAUGGGGCUUUUCGGCACCACACGGUUCGGCGUCCACAUGGUCGGCUUUGUGCGUUGCCAUGACGACAAGAGCCGCUACGACUUCAGAAUCUGGGUGCCCAAGCGCGCUGCCAACAAGUCCAACUAUCCGGGCAUGCUGGACAACACGGUGGCCGGGGGGCUACCGACCGGCGAGGAUCCCUUUGAGUGCAUCAUCCGCGAGGCGGACGAGGAAGCGUCGCUGCCCGAGGACUUUAUGCGCACACACGCCAAAGAGAUCGGCAUCAUCACGUACAUCUACAUCACGGACGAGCGAGCUGGGGGUGAACCGGGCUGGAUUUAUCCGGAAUGCCAGUGGAUCUACGACCUCGAGCUGCCCGCGGACGGGAGUAUUACUCCACGCCCCAAGGACGGGGAAGUGGAGAGCUUCAGCCUGCGAACGGUCGAGGAGAUCCAGGAACAGCUGGCUCAGGGGCUCUGGAAGCCAAACUGCGCCCUGGUCAUGCUUGAUUUCUUUGCCCGGCAUGGAAUCUUGACCCCCGAGAACGAGCCGCACUAUGACGAGCUCCGACGCAGGGCGCACCGUUUCAUUCCGUUCCCUGGCCCGCAUUGGCCGCAUUGGAAGCAUGCCAACCCACCGGAGGUGAAGAAGGCCUAAGAAAAGGGGGGGGGGGGGGGGCGCCGGGACGAAGGGAAGUGAUGCAAUAACAGCGAUGUCGUCUCCCGGGGUAUAGUCGUCCGCGUUUUGCCAAACCUUCCCCGGAGUAUUUAAAUUCCAUUUCCUGAACGCCGGUUCCCGCAUUAAGCUCUCUCCAAAUGAAGCCACAAGCGAUCUGUAUCUUCGGCACUUGCCCAUCCGCGCACUCUAAUCACCGCUUGCGAACCAAGAGGUAAACGUAGUCUACCCGCAGCGGCGUGAGCUUCUUGUAAGGACCCUCGAGCGACAUCAACAGGCCGCCAAACGAGAUAUACGCUUUGCUGUUUUUACCGAGCAUGUCAGCAACCUGCCGGUCGCCCCA